CUUUUAACUGUCCUUAUAAAUGAGAUGGAGCGCUUUAUUUAGCAUCAUCUUUCCGGUUUAAGCAAGACUUAAAUCAUCUCUCAUCUCUUUUUCUGCGUGGUGCAACUCUUUUGAUCAAUUCUUCAUAUUUUUCUGUUGAAACUUUCAAGUUACAAAUGGCGGAUGAUCAAAACAAGGAAGUGGAAACUUCAAUAAGAUGCCAACUUGAGUCCUUGCUUCAAUCUCCCUUUCACCACUCCAUUUAUAAGGUACCUGAACAUAUGCGCAAGGUUAAAACAGAAUGCUAUCAACCUUCAGUUGUUUCUAUUGGUCCUUUGUACUAUGAAAAUCAAUCUCUAAAACACUCACAUGAGCUAAAAUUAAGACACCUCAAAUGUUUCCUAGAGUUUGACAUCUACACAAAUGGCAACAAUGCUAAAUCUUUAAGCCAAUACAUCGACAUAGUUCGUCGAUGGGAGGAGAAAGCUCGUUCUUAUUAUGCAGAGAAAAUAACUCUUUCUAGUAACGAAUUCAUCGAGAUGUUAAUUGUCGAUGCUACAUUCAUCAUCUUCUUAUUUAUGUGGUCUUGUGAUAAAUUUUUACUCGGCGCACAUCCUAUGGAGAGCAAAUUUGAUGUGUUGCUUCAAGUACACCAAGAUAUAUUUCUAGAAGAAAAUCAGAUACCCUUCUUCGUUCUCAACAAUCUAUAUAAUGAAGCAUUUGGUGAAGCCUACCGCGAUAUUACAUUCAAUGAUAUUACUCGUUGCUUCAUAGGUGAAACAUUUUUCCCUGGAAGAGAAGUUGCGCGUAGUAUAAUAGGUAAAGAGAAAUUAAACAAGGCAUCAAACAUCAAACAUCUUGUUGAUUUCUUAAGGAUUUGUAACUUACCUACUAAACUUCGACACCAACUUCCCAAUAACAACAAAAAUAGUAAUGGAGAUUCAUCAGAUGAGUUUCCUCUAACCGCGAAAGAGCUAAAGGAAGCAGGAGUAAGAUUCAUGGCAAGUGAAAGCAAGAAUGUUCUUGAUAUCACAUUUUCAAAGGGGGUGUUAUAUAUUCCAACAUUGACAAUUCAAGACACUACAGAAGCUGUUCUUCGGAGCAUCGUUUUCUUCGAGCAAUGCCAUCAUUUUUGUGAUUCUUAUGUAAUUGAUUACUUGUUCUUCCUGGAUGCGUUGAUCCAUACGCAAGAAGACGUGCAAAUUCUAGUUCAAAGUGGGAUAAUUAAGCAUUGGUUUGGGAGUAAUGAAGAGGUGGCGAUUCUGUUUAACAAAAUCACCAAGCACUUAUCGAUGAGAAAUCCGGGCUUUUAUUAUGCGCAAGUUUGUCAAGAUCUGAAUGCAUAUCCUACCAUGUCGUGGAACAAAUGGAAGGGUGUAUUUAAGAGAGAUUACUUCAAUUAUUAUUCAUGGUCAGUGUUGGUGCUUCCUAUCCUCCUAGCAUUACAAGUCUACACUGGCUUUGUAAAGUAGUUGAUUUCGCUUGUUUCCUAUAAUAAAUUUGAUAUCAAUAUCUCUAAAAGAGAUAGAUGAUACAUUUCUUAGAUUAA